AUGGACCCCGAGCGCUGCGCGCCUUUCGGCUUGGGGCCCGGGCCCGACCCCUAUGCGGCCGCUGGGGACGAGCCUCCGGGCGGCCAGGGGACCUCCGCCCCAGCGUCUCACCUGCAUCCCGCGCCGCCCCGAGGCCCACGACUGACCCGCUUCCCGGCCUGCGGGCCUCUGGAGCCCUACCUCCCGGAGCCGGCCAAGCCGCCCGCCAAGUACCUGCAGGACCUCGGGCCUGGCCCGGCGCUCAACGGCGGCCGCUUCUACGAGGGCCCGGCGGAAGCCGAGGAGAAGGCCCCCAGGGCUGCCAGCUUCCCCCAGCUGCCCGUGGACUGCCGAGGGGGCCCCAGAGACGGGCCCUCCGCCCUGCAAGGCUCCCCGGGCCCUGGCCUGGCCAGCCUGCGCGUCCCCCUGUCCCCGAGACUCCCUGACUCCAUGGAGUUGGCCAAGAACAAGAGCAAGAAGCGCCGCAACCGCACGACCUUCAGCACGUUCCAGCUGGAGGAGCUGGAGAAGGUUUUCCAGAAGACCCACUACCCCGACGUGUACGCCCGGGAGCAGCUGGCUCUGCGCACCGACCUCACCGAGGCCCGGGUUCAGGUCUGGUUCCAGAACCGCAGAGCCAAGUGGCGGAAGCGGGAGCGUUAUGGGAAGAUCCAGGAGGGGCGGAACCCCUUCUCGUCCGCCUAUGACAUCUCCGUGCUGCCCCGAACGGACAGUCACCCCCAGCUGCAGAACUCCCUGUGGCCCAGCCCCACGUCGGGGAGCCCCUCCGGGCCCUGCCUCGUGUCUCCAGAGGGCAUCCCCUCCCCCUGCAUGUCUCCGUACUCCCAUUCGCACGGGAACGUGGCUGGCUUCGUGGGGGUGCCGGCCUCCCCCGGAGCGCACCCUGGCCUCUACUCCCUCCACAGCUUCUCCCCUGCCCUGGGGGACCACAGCUUUGAGGCCGCCCCCGAUGUCGACUAUAAGUCUCCAAGCCUCGUCUCGCUCAGGGUGAAGCCCAAGGAGCCGCCCAGCCUGCUGAACUGGACCACGUGAUCAGACGUGUGGACACGCAGACUAAGCUGCCACCCCCUUCCCUGUGCCCGGCUGCUCCCACCCCACCCUGGCCUGGAUGCCAGAAGGACACACCUUUGCCUCAGAGCUCCAGAUGGUUCCCAGGGCGGACAGAGCAGCUGGGGCCCUCAGCUUCUCGCUGAGUCUUUUCUCUUAGAAUAAGGCGGGCUGCCCCAGGAGAGGGCCUGGAAGCCAGUGGGACUCUUCCUGCCACACACUGGGUCCCGCACCCAGACGCUGGGCUGGAGACUGCGUCCUGCCUCCUCCUUCAGACUUCGUCCGAGGGUCACUGUUGCCCCUCCGACGGAACUGGCUUCACUGGCUCCUCAUUCGGGGAAUGCAGGAAAAUGGGAGCAGGACGGGGCUGAAGCAGAGGAUCUGGUGACUUAGGGGAAAGCAGAAUCUCCUGAGACCACCUGGGGCCUCACUCCCCUUCCCGCCACCAGGGGGCGUGCACCCAGCGUCUGGCAUUGACGAGGGCCUGGAAGCUGAAGGGAGCUGGUGCUCAGGUCUCCCUGAUCCAGCCCCCCUUCCUUCUCCCCUGUGCCCCUCCCCAACAUGCUGUGGAGUCCUCUCCCCUCCAAGGGGCAGACAUUUUACCAGAAACCACCAAAUACUUGGAUUCUCCCCCAGGGGGUCAGGCCAGAGCUAUGCCACGGAG